UGCUGUGCAUUUCUCGAUAUAAACAUAGGACUCUCGGUUCUGUUACCGCAACAAGAUCGUUCAGGAUGCCUUUGAUUGUUAAAGAUUUCAGCUGGGAUGAAAAUGAAUCAACUCUUUUCUUAACUGUCCCACUGAAGGGAGUGAAAGCUAACAAAGUAGACAUAUUUUCAUCAGAAGAAUAUAUCAAAGUGAGCUAUCCCCCUUACAUCUUUGAAUGCCUCCUGAAGUCUCCAGUUGAUGAUGCACAGAGCUCUGCCAAUGUUGGAAAUGGAACAGUUGUGUUUAAACUCAAGAAGAAAGAACCGGAAAUUUGGGGGCAGCUGCAAUCAGAUGAUGCAGGAAACAAGGAGGUGAUGAGGAAGAAGCGAGAGGAAUCUCAGGCACAAGAACACAGCAGACAACAGGAAGCGGGAAAGGCUAAGGCUGAAAAGAAGAGAGAGGAUGACAGAUAUGCCAUCAAUCAGAUGAUGAAGCUUGAAGACAGCGAGAAACAGAGAAUUGAGAACAUCAAACAGUCAGAGCGCAAAGCUGCUACUGAUGCUCUUGAGAGAUGGAAAGAUGAACAGAAGGCACAGGCAGAAGCUCAUAAGCAACAUCUUCUUGAACAACAAAGGGAAGAAAAUGAAAGAAAGAAAAUCGAAGAAAGGAAGAAAGUGGUUGCAGGUAAAAAAACAAGCAUAUUUGAGACUGGGAAGGGUGCACCAACUCGUCAGUCAGGCAGGAUAGAAGUGAGCCACACCCCCAGAGUGUUCCCUACCCCAGUGCGGGAAUCCCAGGCCCCAAUGGAGGAAGAGUGGUUGAGAAAGCAGGCAGAGGCACGGAAGACUGUGGAGUUGGCUGACGCAGACCUUUCAGAGGAGGAGAAGAACCCACUGUGGCUCCGGGACAAGGGGAAUGAAUUCUUCAAGGCUGGUGACUACCAAGCAGCUGUGAAUGCCUACACACAUGCAAUCCGGCUCCGCAACCAGAUGCCAGGAUUGUACUCCAACAGAGCAGCCUGUCACCUGAAGCUUCGUAACCUCAUUAAGUGCAUAGAAGACUGUUCAAAGGCAAUGGACCUGCUCCAUCCUCCAGUACCCCAGAAUGCUGCUAGUCGAUGCAAGGCCCUCGUGAGGCGGGGAACAGCAUUCUGUCAGCUUGAGAUGUAUAUUGAAGGUCUCCAAGACUACGGAGCUGCUCUGAAGCUGGACCGAGACAACAAAGGGCUACAGGCUGAUGCUGAGAAGAUCCGUGAGAUUAUACAAGGCACUGUUGAUAGAUGAACAGACGCAGACACAUGGAGAGAUUGGAUGGAGAAUGAGAUGAAGACUGAGAGCAUGGAUGAAGAGUUGGGUGUGGAUGAAUAUUUUGAGAGAUUGGAUGUCUUUUUACAUUACACUGCCAUGUAUGUACAGUCUGUGUUGCCAUGUCUACACACACCUCAUGUGUAUCUAAACAUGACCAGUAGUUAAAUGUGGCCAUGGGUGGACCAGCUAGUCACUUCCUGCUGUGCUGGAUGAUCCUCCAUGGUGGCUACAUCAUCACUUUCAGCACAUGGCCUGUGUUUGUAGAUUCCACCACAGUGGCCCACAUCUGGCAUCUCCAGCACCUGUAAACACUGCCUGGUUGGUUACUUAGGCAUAUUAGCAUGCUAAACUUACUUUGGAACUGAACAUGCACUCAAAACUAAUAUUUUUCUCAAAUU